AGCUACGCGGGGUCCUCGCGCGGGUCCCACGUGAGCGCCAGCGGAGCCACGGCCCUAGUUGUCGAGGUCCAGACGCGCCCGCUAGUCCGCGAGUGUCCGUGCCUCCCGCCCGCCAUGGCAGUCACCGACGGAGCGCCCCUCCAGCUUUCCGAGCCCGCCGCCGCCGCCGCCGCCGGGACGUCCUCCGGGCCCCGCGCGGCCCCGGCGAAGCGGCGCGCACAGGCCGCCAAGAGGGAACGCCAGGGGCCCAGCGGGGCUCCCGCAGCCAAAAGGGGCGCCGCGGCCUCCCUGCCCGCCAGGAAAGCCGCCGCCAAGCCAGCGCCGCGGGGCCUGAAGGGGAAGGCUCAGGCGCAGAAGGUGUUUUCUCGGAAGAAGGCUGUGGCUGGUGCGGGGGAGAAGAGCCAGGAGCAGAAGCCGGCCGUGAAGACUUCGUCGUUGUUUAAAAACAACCCCGAGAUCCCCGAGCUCCCCAGACCUGAGGUGAAGCAGGUGCAAGAAAAGGUGUUUUCUUCGGAUGCUUUCCAUGAGCUGGACCUCCACCCACACCUGAUUUCCACACUGAAUACAGUCUUGAACAUAUAUCAUAUGACCAGCGUCCAGAAGCAAAGCAUUCCCGCGCUGCUGGAAGGCAGAGAUGCGCUCGUGAGGUCCCAGACGGGCUCAGGUAAAACUCUGGCCUACUGCAUCCCUGUGGUCCAGUCUCUGCAGGCAAUGAAAACAAAGAUACAGCGUGGCGACGGCCCCUACGCGCUGGUGCUGGUGCCGACGAGAGAGCUGGCGCUACAAAGCUUUGACACUUUCCAGAAACUGCUCAAGCCUUUCACCUGGAUUGUGCCGGGAGUGCUGAUGGGAGGAGAGAAGAGGAAGUCGGAGAAGGCUAGGCUCCGCAAAGGAAUCAAUAUCCUCAUCUCCACUCCGGGGCGCCUGGUGGACCAUAUAAAAUCCACAAAGAACAUCCACUUCAACCGCCUCCGCUGGCUGGUGCUGGAUGAAGCCGACAGAAUCUUGGACCUGGGCUUUGAAAAGACCAUCACAGUGAUACUCAACGCGAUCAACGCGGAGUGCCAGGAGCGCCAGAACGUCUUGCUGUCGGCCACUCUCACGGAUGCUGUGACACGGCUCGCUGACAUCAGUCUGCACAACCCAGUCAGCAUUUCUGUGGUGGACAGAGACCUCCGUGAGCUUUACCUGACUGAUGAGGAGUCUUCUGACGACUCUGACUCGCUAAGUGAUGACAGCGAUUUUGACGAUGACGACGACGACGAUGAUGAUGAUGAUGAUGAAGAUGAAGAGCUGGAAAGCUUUGCGAUUCCUGAGGGUCUGGAGCAGUACGUGGUGGUGGUUCCCAGCAAGCUACGGCUAGUCUGCCUGGCAGCCUUCAUCCUGCAGAAGUGCAAGUUUGAAACAGACCAGAAACUGAUCGUCUUUUUCUCGAGUUGCGAGCUGGUGGAGUUCCACUACCACCUCUUCUUCCAGACCCUGCUGGGCCUCGCGGCGACAGGGCAGUCACCAUCUGGCGGCCCGCGGUUAGCAUUCCUGCGGCUGCAUGGCAACAUGGACCAGGAGGAGAGAACUGCAGUGUUCCGCGAGUUUGCGCAGCCCGGCCCCGGCGUCCUCUUUUGCACGGAUAUUGCAGCUCGAGGCUUAGAUCUCCCUCAAGUCACAUGGAUUGUUCAGUACAACGCUCCGUCUUCAGCCUCCGAGUACAUCCACCGUGUCGGGAGAACCGCCCGCAUCGGCUGCCGUGGGAGCAGCCUGCUCUUCUUGGCUCCUUCGGAGGCAGAGUAUGUCAGCUCGCUGGCUUCUCACAAAAUCAACACUUCGGAGAUGAAGAUGGAGGAUAUUCUGGCUGUCCUGACAAGGGAUGAUUCUUUCCAAGCCAGACGCGGUGGUGGCCAGCAACCCCAGGCCGCUGGCUCCCAGGAAACCCAAGAGCGAGCCACGGUCUUACAGACGUUGUUUGAGGAUUACGUGCACUCCUGCGAGGGGACGGUCGCCUGGGCCAAGAGAGCCCUGCAGUCCUUCAUCCGGGCCUAUGCCACCUACCCCCGCUCGCUGAAGCACAUCUUCCACAUUCGAUUGCUCCACCUGGGCCAUUUGGCUAAGAGCUUCGGGCUGAGAGACGCCCCCCAAAACCUUGAUGGCCCACCUGAGAAGAAGAAAGCGAAUAUGAAAAGGCCUGACCUGGGGAGGAAGGCCCAGCAGCAGCACCUUGCCGAGGCCUUGCUCUCGGAGUAUGCCAGCGGGCUGGAGGCUGGCGGUGCCAAGGCGAGAAAGCAAAGCAGACAGGCCGAGCCAGACGGCGAGCUGGACGAGCCAGACGGCGAGCUGGACGAGCCAGACGGCGAGCUGGACGAGCCGAGCAGCGCCGACAGCUCCAGCGACGACUGAGGCCCUCGCCAGCCCGGGCCGUGGAGGAAAGGAAAAAGUGCCCCCAUGACACAGAAAUAAGCCAGAAAGUGUUCUCAAACUCCUGCCACGCCCGGCCCGUCCUGUCCUCUCUGACCUCCCAGUGCCCUUCCUUCCCCUGACAGCCCACAGCCUUCCCUGGGGUCGUGGGGCCCCGGCCGCACAGUGUAGCUUAGCAGUAAGCCCGUAUCUAUCAGUAGACCGUACGCUGCUUACCCUCUCCCUGCCCCACACCCUCACCAGAGCCCUGCGGCCACCGCGGUGAGGCCCGGUGCUGCGGCAGCCGGCCGGCUGCCACCUGCCUCACGCUGACCUGAAGAAGUUCCACGUGUACCCGUAUUGGCAUGCCUUUUGUAAACCGUUUUAAGAUCUGGAUUUAAAUUUGUAAACGAAUAAAAAAUAUUUAUCCAA